AUGUCGGCAAGCGACGUCAACUGCUCGACGUGGUGGUCCCGUGACCGUCCACGCUACGCGUUGCUCCUUCCUUCUGUUUCCACGAGCUCGCAACCCAACACACCCCGCCUCCCCUCGACUUCCUCUUCACCCACACUCUCUAGCACCAACUCCCAACAUUUCCGCAUCCACUCCUUAUCCGGACAUUCUUUGAACGUCUUCGUGCCCACCAUGUAUUCCGUGGCCCACCUUAGUCGCGAGCCGAAGAACAACUUCUGCGAGACUUGUGACCGCUCUAUCCCCCGCAAGGACUGGUCCGCUCAUGCUGCCUCCAAGAAGCACCGUGAGAAUACCGAGAAGAAGGACGCUGCUGUCAAGAAAGCUACCUAUGACAAGAAGAAUGGUGGCUUCUUUGACGACAACGCUGUCAAGCCUGCCUCUGAUUCCGGCGGCUUCACUGCUGACGGCUUCGUCACCGAUGGCGCGGUCGAUGAUGGGGGUCAGGAUGGUUGGACUGGUAACUUCGAUUCGUUCCAAGGUGGCUCUACCGGCUAUGAUGGCGAUUCUGCUGGUCAAGGCUGCUUCAAGUGCGGGUCGACUGACCACAUGAAGAAGGACUGUCCUCAGGGCGCGGGAGGCGGUAACGGUUGCUUCAAGUGCGGUUCUACCGACCACAUGAAGAAGGACUGUCCUCAAGGCUCUGGCGUAUCUUGCUACAAUUGCGGUCUUGCUGGUCACAUUGCCCGUUCCUGUGACCAGCCCAAGAAGCCAGGAGCUGGGCCCAAGUGCUACGGCUGCAAUGAAAUCGGUAGGUCAUCUUCGUGGAGCAUCUCAUCUUGCUCUCUUGCUCACAAAAUAAAAGGUCACGUUCGCUCUCGUUGCCCGAAUGAGCAGGGCGGCUACGAUGCAGGCAGCGGCAAUGCCCAGGGCAGCUGGGGAACCCAAGACAACGUUCAAGCAGGCAGCUGGGAUAACGACGACGAUGGCAGUGCUGACACGAAGCAAGCCCACUGGGAUGACGACAACGCAGGCGAGGCCCAGGACUCCUUUGGAGGUGGCUGGUAAAUACUACCUGGUUGUUCUUGAUCAACUAUCAGGACUUACAAUGGGUGUACAUAACGCUCGCGUAAGAUGCUAUAUAUAGCUUUCAAUUGCUCCCAUGGGGAAUAUGGAGAUCGUGCGACGAUUCAUGCACGGAUGAGGAGUCUCUCGAAUAAAAUCUUAAUGAUUGCAAGUCUACCCUGUCCAAUUCAUUCUCGUGCCCUAAAAACUGGAUUUAAGAACACAAACUCCUUCUCAUUUCCCCAAACUAUCCCCCCCUCGUCAUACCCCCUUCCGUUAAACGGAUUAAACCCCCACACACUGCCCGCCAACUCUGAACUCUUAUCCAUAUUCGUCUCCGUAUACGCUGACCAUGACCCGCGCGGCGACUCAAUAUAAGCCGUGACAAAUGACGCGGGGAUAUACAACAAAAUCUGCACACCCACCCUCCCAGUCUUCAAGCUUGUAUUGUGGCAGGAUGAUAGUAUAUCUGCGAGCCCAGUGCAGGAUUGCGCUUCGAAAUCAUACAUUUUCCUCCCUCCGUAUGCUUCU